AGUCAAUGUCUAUUACUGAAGAGCAUUGAGGAAAACAUGUUGAUGGAAAUCUACCAUGACAUGCAAAUUUUCCAAUGCUCAGAAAAUAUAUUCCUGGAUAAAAGUAGUCACAAGAGAGGUCAUUGUUUUUCAUGGAUUGUGAUCUGUAACAGUAGGUGCAAUUCUGAUUGUGGGAGGUGUACCUGAACUGUUUCUCCAAAAAGAGAAGUAUUGUUGACCAGGGCUUGACGUUGGCAAAUUUAAAUCCACCAACCUCUUUAUCUGAGACUUUAUUCAUUUGGCUGAACAGUGAAUAUUGAGCACCUCUAUAUAUACAGUACAAAUACACCAGCACUGCAACAUCCACCUCACACCGACAGUGUGCCCUCCUCCACUUACGUUAUUGCUCAAACAUCCAAAAUGACCACCCUGGAUAAUGACAUCAACCAGCACUUCCAGGAUGCAAUUGACGUGAUUCAACAGCACACUGUUGACACAGGAGAGUAUAAAUACUAUGAUCCUCUAAUGCGAAUGUGUUGUCAUCCCGUCACACACCCCUCUGAAGUACCAGGCCCAUAUGACUGGAAUGAGCCAACACCAUGGCCUCAUGUUCGUGUUGACGACCCACUGGGUCCACCCGUACCCAUGGAGUACCCCCAGUUCUACCCCAUCACACAGAGGAAAGGUCGUAAGAAACUGCGUCUUUAUGAGUUUCUGCACGAGGCUCUGGGCGAUCCCAACACGGCCGACUCCAUCCAGUGGACGGACCGCGGCACCGGCACCUUCCACUUCAUCUCCAAGAACAAAGAGAAGUUGGCCGAGUGCUGGGGCCAGCGCAAGGGCAACCGCAAAACCAUGACCUAUCAGAAGAUGGCCCGGGCCCUGAGGAACUACAGCCGAACGGGCGAGAUUGUAAAGGUGCGCCGCAAACUCACCUACCAGUUCAAUCCGACGAUUCUCGACAGGCUGGGGGGCAUUGGUCACCCCGUCCCCUCCACUGGACACAGCGGCGUCGGCCACCCUGGACGGGAGGUUCUCCUACACCAGCAGCAUAACCCGGCUGAACAGAGCUACUAUAGCUCCACUGCUGCACUUGACUGGCACAGCUGGUACGGACAAUACGCCCUCCAGGGAGACUAUGAACUGGCUCCAAGCUUUCCAUCCUCCACAGUCACCAAGAUAUAAACUGAAGUGCUGCCACUGUGGAAAAUAACAUGGAUUGAUAGCUGCUGUCAAAUCGUACGGUUAAUCCUGCACGUAAAUGUAAGGGUCCCUUGUAACUGUCUUGCUAGCCUGUCUUUGUGUGUCAGGUUAAGCAACUUUCUUGGUGAAGCAAAUGUAAUGGCCACUUUGUGGUUCAUCAAUUACAGAUCUAUGCAAAUAAUUAUCUGAUUAUGUAGAUCGAUUUACAUCGUAGUUAGAUUGAAGUGCAAGCACAAUUUCUCUACAAAUACUGUUUAUAUGGACGCAUCUGAAAUGGUACAUUUUGAAAUGCCUAUUUAGACGUCCUAAUAACUUAAAAGAUUGAUCAGCAAACCAGGUGCAUUCAUUGGCAUAUGCUUAUUUAAGCAGAGUAUGGUGUUUGUAUAACAAUUUCAUCUUAUCAGUCUAGUGACAUAAUCUGUUUAAAAUCUAAUGAUUAGUGUGCUUGUAAAUGCAUUCAAUGAGUAUGUAGAUAAUGAAAAUAUGGUAACUUCAAUCUAUAGAACAUUCAGCCAGUAAUUUGAAUUCCAUGUACAGUACACAAGACAAAAAGAUACAGUGGUGAUUUAAAAUAUUUAUAUUUAUGUCAGUUUGUAAAUAAUUAAUUUAA